CGAGUACCCAGGGGGAGAAAUUCCAUCUUCUACCCUAAGUGCAACAUCUCCGAAAUCGUCUUGCUCUAUUGUGACAGUAUCAGAAGAGUAAGUUUUCCAUUCCAGUUUCAAUGGUUUGUUGGAAUCUCGACCAUCAACUUCAUCUGCAAGAAUCGCACCAGAAGUGGCCUUUUCUAGUUCUUCCGAAUAUCCUCCACUCAAUCCUCCAUCAAAAAAAAGUACACAAUAUGGGUGAGUUACUAAGCGCGCGGUAUUCCAUAUCUCCUAUACUAACGCAGAUCGAAGAAAAAACUACAUACGAAACUUGUAGAUAAACAUGAGUACUACAUUCCUAAAUUAUUUUCCAGUAUACAAGGUGGCCCAAUAAGUAUUGGUGAUACAAAGCUAUAUUUUUUUGAAUGACACCCCCUGUAUAUUAUGAGAUUUCUGGAUUCUGUGGGAAAUUCU